GUUAGUUAGUUAGAUGGAUGAUUGGUUAGUUAGUUAGUUAGUUAGGUGUGUGGUUAGUUAGUUAGUUAGGUAGGUAGGUAGUUAGGUAGUUAGUUGGACGGAGUGUGGGUUUAUUUUGUUUUGGGCUUUUUAUUCGGACUGGACUGUUGGAAAGGAAAAACAGUUUUGUUUUUUUUAAAUAGAAAUGCUGCGCGUGCGCGCUAUAGCGGUGUCCUGUCCGCGCGAGCCAAAUCAAAUCGAACCGUUGAGAUGUGUACCGCGUGCCCUCGCGCGCGGAGGGGGGUUGGGGUUGGGGGGGGGGCUGACGUAGCAGCCGAGCUGGUACAUCAAAGAGGAUAAAGCGGCAAUCAAAGCCACGCGCCGCUAACCUCAGCACAUAAACACUCUGUAUUUCGGUGGAGUUUUUCUUUUCAUUGAUUUUUUUUUUGCUUGUUUUGUUUUUCUCCAAGUAAAUCCCGUUAAAACAGGGGGGAAAUCUCCGGGAAUGCUUUCAGCACCGCGGACAGCCACCGGGAGAACCACACUGCCCUACUGCCACCAGUCUUUCCAUAAUCUACAGGAGCUGAGGCACAGCGCGUCUCUGGCUAAUAAAGUAUUUAUCCAGAGAGAUUACUCUGAGGGAACUGUCUGCAAAUUCCAGACCAAAUUCCCCUCCGAACUGGACAGCCGGAUUGAGAAGACUCUGUUCGAGGACACUGUGAAGACGCUAAAUAAUUACUAUGCGGAGGCAGAGAAGAUCGGAGGCCACGCCUACCUUGAGGGUUGCCUCGCCUGCAUAACAGCCUACCUCAUUUUCCUCUGCAUGGAGACACGCUACGAAAAGGUCCUGAAAAAAAUCUCACGGUACAUUCAGGAGCAGAAUGAGAAGAUCUACGCUCCCAGAGGCCUCCUCAUUACUGACCCUAUAGAGAGGGGCAUGAGAGUGAUUGAGAUCAGUAUCUAUGAAGACAGAGGUUCCAGUGGAUCCAGUUCAGGAAGCAGUACCACCAGUAGCAGUGGACGAUAAUCUUCCCACACACACACACACACACACACACACACACACACACACAUACACACACUUGCACCUUUUACCUUCAUGUUCCCCCUCUGUGAACGGACGCAUUCGCUGGUUCAAGUAGAAAAGACACAAACAUCACGAUCACCAACACGGUCCCUCUGCAGCUCACACUACGUGAGAGUGGGCGUGGCUCUGUGUCCAUAUAUGGAAUCUUCAAGUAGGAAAACGCAGUUCAUUUGCAUUUCUGUGCCACGUGUUAGGACUGUUAGGAUUUCUAAGGGUAUAAUAAUCUUCACUGUUAGUUAGG